UCAAAAUUAAUCACUUCAUUCAGCCGAACCAAACAAAACAAAAUCAAAACCCUAAUAAUUUCUUUCUUCAAUUUCACUGCACUUCUCUUUUCAAAAGCAGCUGCAGUAGUCUCUUUCAAAAUCUUUUCUUAACUGAAACCAGUUAUUAAUGCCCUCUGUUUCCUUCCACAUGCUGUCUCUAAUCCCAGAAAAAUAGUCUUCUUCCUUAUCCAGAGGGGCCGCCAACCCCCCAUUUCAUCCAACAGAAUCGAAGAGAUAUUUUCUUCCCCAUUCUGCUGGUCUGUCUGGUCCACCAAUGGCGAUUGAAAUACACUCGGCCAAGUCGUGGGGGGGCGUUAUAGAGAGAGCCUCCACUCAUCCCCGUCUGCCGACAUGGAUGAUGGCGUCGGAGCUUCACGCGCUUUGAAAAUAAAUAAUAUAUAAUAAAUAAUUAAAGCCGUUAUGCGUGGCGUUGGCUGCGAGGAUUGGCCACGCAUUUAUGCAUUUCUUUAUUGUCCUUUUUCCUCUGAUAAUUUAAUUUCCAUCUCGAACGCCUCUGGAUUUCCUUCACCCUUUUGUCGCAACUGGUUCUUCAAUCCAUUGUCAAUUUCUUUUUAAUUCUUUCUCGAUGGGUUUAUGGGGAUCAGAGGUUUUUCCAGAGCUUGACUUGCAGUUGCUGCUCUGAUCCAGAGUUUCUGGAAAUGGCGACUGGACUUGAGGAGGAGGGCCCUUUCUGUUGAUUCUUCUGCUUAGAAUUUUACCUUUUUGGAAUUGGGGACUUUGAUUUUGAGGGGGAAGUGUAGAGAUGGGUGUUGUUAGCACUGUUCUGAGUUUUUUUGGAUUUGGAUUUGGAGCUGCUGUUGGGCUUGUGAUUGGGUAUUUUCUGUUCAUCUUUCGACAGCCAACAGAUGUCAAGGACCCUGAAAUUCGACCUUUGGUCGAGAAAGAUUUGAAAAGCCUUCAACGGCUGCUACCCGAAAUACCGGUUUGGGUAAAGAAUCCGGAUUUCGACCGGGUUGAUUGGUUGAACAAGUUCGUCGAAUACAUGUGGCCUUAUUUAGACAAGGCUAUUUGCAAGAUGGCGAAGAAAAUAGCCGAGCCUAUAAUAGCCGAGCAGAAGCCAAAGUACAAAAUCGAUUCGAUUGACUUUGAGACACUGACUUUGGGGUGCUUACCACCUACUUUUGAAGGAAUGAAAGUGUACAACACUGAGGAGAAGGAACUGAUUAUGGAACUAGGCUUGAAGUGGGCUGCUAAUCCUAACAUCCUCGUCGCUGUCAAGGCAUUCGGGUUGAAAGCUACGGUUCAGGUGCUCGAUUUGCAAGUAUUUGCGCUACCGCGCAUCACCUUGAAACCAUUGGUUCCGAGCUUCCCUUGUUUUGCAAACAUAUAUGUGUCGUUAAUGCAGAAGCCGCAUGUCGACUUUGGAGCAAAACUAGUUGGUGUCGACGCUAUGUCGAUUCCUGGGGCAUACCGGCUCGUUCAGGAGCUUAUCAAAGAUCAAGUAGCCAACAUGUAUUUAUGGCCAAAAAGACUCGAAGUUCAGAUUAUGGAUCCGGCGAAGGCGAUGAAGAAGCCUGUCGGAAUCCUCCAUGUUAAGGUUGUAAGAGCAAUAAAACUGAAGAAGAAAGACCUUCUAGGGGCGUCUGACCCGUACGUGAAGGUGAAUCUCACCGAAGACAAGCUUCCAUCCAAGAAAACCACGGUGAAAUACAAGAAUUUGAAUCCCGAAUGGGACGAGGAGUUUACAUUCGUCGUCAAGGAUCCUGAAGGUCAAGUCCUAGAGCUCACUGUCUACGACUGGGAACAGGUCGGGUCGCAUGACAAGAUGGGGUUGAAUGUGAUCCCAUUGAAAGACUUGACUCCCGAAGAGCCAAAAACCAUGACUCUCGACCUUCUCAAAACUCUGAAUCCGGAUGAUUCACAGAACGAGAAGUCACGAGGGCAGCUUGUGGUGGAAGUCAAUUACAAGCCUUUCAAGGACAGCGAGAUGCCAACGAAUGUAGAAGAUGCGGAGGGGACAGUCGAGAAAGCUCCCGAGGGGACACCAGAUGGUGGAGGCUUGCUCGUCAUCCAUAUCCACGAGGCGCAAGAUUUGGAAGGGAAGAACCACACAAAUCCAUCCGUACGUCUCCUGUUUAGAGGAGAGGAGAAAAAGACUAAGGUUCUGAAGAAAAACAGGGACCCGAGAUGGGACCAGGAGUUCCAAUUCAUGUUGGAUGAGCCGCCAACAAAUGACAGAAUACAUGUCGAAGUAAUCAGCAUUUCGAAAAGAAGUCUAUUGCAUCCUAAGGAAUCUCUGGGCUACGUCGAUAUAUACUUAUCGGAUGUGGUGAACAACAAGAGGAUCAACGAAAGGUACCAUUUGAUCGACUCAAAGAACGGUAGGAUUCAGAUCGAGAUGCAGUGGAGAACUGCUUCUUGAAGAAAGGUAUUUUUUUUCUCCACGGUAAGAAAUCCGUCCUUGUAUGGAAGGGUGAUUCAACCUUAAGCAGCAGCUAUGGAGAUUUUUGCUUCUUUUUCUUUGGAAUUUUGUAUUUUGUUUAUUUCUGGUAGUGUGAUUCAUUAGUUUUUGGACUUCAGCUGCUGCUUUCAUGGAUCUAAUGUGUUAUUUAGACCAAUAAGUCAUCUCUGACUUGUUUAUAAAGUUGCAUCCUGAAAGUUUUAUGAAACA